AUGGCGCGCGAGGAGUCCGGAGUCCAGCCGGUUCUAGACAAUCCCAACCACGAGAAAGAGAAGACGUUUCUGGAGUCUAGCUUUUUCCUGGAAGGGCGAAUGCCCACGCUUCCUUCACCGGCCGAUGUCAGAGCUAUCAAUGAGAAAUCGGGUGAUAUCCGCGCCACAAGUUUCAAUCGCCCCCCGCCAGUCACAUUUCCGUCGCUGGGAUUACUUGUCAAGUAUGGAGCUGAUACUACUGUCGCCGAGGCGGAGACCCAAAUAAUGAUAUACACACAUUUGAAGGAUAGAGUACCCGUUCCUGAGGUCUUUGGUUGGACAGAAGACGAUGGCCAAGUAUUCAUCUAUAUGUCCUUGGUCGAGGGCGAAACCUUGGAGCAACGAUGGGGUUCCCUGACCGCUGAAGAGAGAGACUCCAUUUGUGUAGAGCUCAGUGGUAUGGUGACUGCAUGGAGAUCCCUGGAGCAGGACGGACAAGAUCGAUAUAUUGGCAGUCUGAACAAGCAACCAUUGAACGAGAUCUUCCUUUCCGGCCACUCGGAUCUCGCAGGCCCAUUCAUCGGUACAGACGCUGUCAAACACUUCCAGAAUGCGUGUGAUAUCGAGAUCGACGAAGAAGUGGCCGUAGUAUUCACACAUGCCGAUCUUGUCCCUUCCAACAUCCUUCUAUCGCCAGGCUCAAGUCCAAGGAUAGCAGCAAUCCUUGACUGGGGGCAAGCUGGAUGGUACCCUGCAUACUGGGAAUUCUGCAAAGCACGUCGAGUACGGGCGAACCCAAAGUUCUUCAGCGAUGACUUGGAAGAAGAAUGGAACACGAAAUAUCUGCCUAUGAUUCUGGAGUCUGUGGAUGAUGAGACGGUAUACCAUCCUUGGCUCUGUGCAACCUUCUCGGAGGACGCGGUUGAGCAUAUAUAUCGGGAUAUUUGCGUCAGUCAGCUAGACGGUGUGAGAAGCAUAACUGGCAUGAAAGUAGGAAGUCAGCUAGAUCUUCGAGCCAUGAUCAAAGACCGAUAA